AUGUUCCUGUCCUGGUUCAUCUCUGGGUGGCAGAACUCAGCCAUGCCCCUGCUGCUGCUGUGGGCAGUGGGCAGGGAUGUGGGGGGCAGAGGGGGUUGGGGGCUGGAGGUGGUCCUGGCCACUGUGUGCUCGCGGUGGGACCAGUCGGAGGCGCUGGAUCACCGGAGCCUCUCCCAGGAUGGGGACGUGCUGAUUGGGGGACUCUUCCCUUUCCACAACCAGCCUCCUGCCCCAGACCUGCGCUUCACUACACCCCUGGACCUGCAACCCUGUGCCAGUUUUCAGGGGCAGCAAAUGAGAUGGGCACACGCCAUGGUGUUUGCGGUGGAUGAGAUUAACCGGGAUCCCUUCCUUUUACCGGGGCUGCGUUUGGGCUACCGUAUUCUGGAUAGCUGCAUCAUGCACCCCUGGUGCCUCCGAGGGGCGCUGUCUCUGGUAGCAGGGAGGAGCCCGCAGUAUGGGCGAUCUGCAGACUCUGUGUCUCUGGUCAUCGGCGACGCCUCGUCCACUCAGAGUAUGAUCCUCGCCAGCACUCUGGGGCCUCUCUCUGUACCAGUGAUCAGCUACCAGGCCAGCUGCCCCUGUCUCAGCGACAGAAGUCGGUACCCCAACUUCUUCAGAACCAUCCCCAGUGACGUGUUCCAGGCCCGGACCAUGGCCCGGCUCGCUCAGCGCUUUAGCUGGUCCUGGGUCGGGGCCGUCGCUGUGGACAAUGACUACGGGCGUCUGGGCAUUCAGGUGUUCCAGGAGGAGGUCCAAGGGACAGGAGUAUGUCUGGCGUUCUUCGAGACCUUCACCAGGGCGACUCUGGCGAGGGACAUGGAGCGGGCCGCUGGUACCAUCCAGGCCUCCUCUGCUCGCGUCAUCCUGGUGUUUGCCUGGUACACUGACGCCAGAGCCCUUCUCCUGGAGCUGGCCAAGAGAAAUGUGACUGACAGACAGUUUCUUGCCAGCGAGGCCUGGAGCACCAGUACAGAGCUGCUCCAAAACCCCGCCCUCUUCAAGGUUGCGCGCGGUGUUCUGGGCGUGGCUAUCGGAAGUGCCCCGAUGCCUGGGUUCAGCGCUCACCUGAGGGGUCUGCAUCCAUCACAGCAUCCUGAAGAUUGGCUCCUCAGGGAACUCUGGGAGAUGGAGUUUGGUGGAGCAGAGACUCUGUGGGGGGUAGAGAGCUCCUUCACCGACACCUCUCAGCUGAGGACCAGCUAUAGCGUGUACCUGGCUGUGUAUGCUGCAGCCCACGCCCUGCACAGCCUGCUCUCCUGCCCAAACAGAAACACACCCUCCUGGGGCAACAACCCAGCCUGCUCCCCUCCCCACAACCUCUCCCCUGCGGAGCUGUUGCAGCAUCUGAAACGAGUGAACUUCACCCCUCCUCUCGGAGACGAGUUCUACUUCCGGGGUGCCGAUAUCCCUGCAGCCUACGACCUGGUGAACUGGUGGCCCACCAACAAGGGCUCCCUCAAACUGGCCACCAUUGGUGAAGUCAAAGGGUCGGAUCUCCGCAUUGAUGAAUCAGCCAUCCAGUGGAUCACGGGAUCGAAUGAGCCCCCCAAGUCAGUGUGCAGUGAGAGCUGCCCUCCUGGCACCCGAUUGGCCAACAGGAAGGGGCAGCCAGUCUGCUGCUUCGACUGCAUCCCCUGUUCUGACGGGGAGGUAAGCAACCACACCGGUUCCUUCCAGUGUGAGCGCUGUCCUGAGGAGUUGUGGUCUAACAGCGAGCAGACAGCCUGCAUCCUUCGUCAGCUGGAGUUCCUCUCCUUCAACGAAACCAUGGGAAUCACCCUGACAACGGCCGCCCUGUCGGGUGCUGCGGUCACUGUUGGGGUGUUUGUUGUCUUCCUGUACCACAGACACACUCCACUGGUCCGGGCAAACAACUCAGAGCUGAGCUUCCUGCUUCUGCUGUCACUCAAGCUCUGCUUCCUGUGCUCGCUGGUGUUUAUUGGUCAGCCGUCUGUGUGGGCGUGUGGGCUCCAGCAGGCUGCGUUUGGGAUCAGCUUUGUCCUCUGUCUCUCCUGCCUGCUGGUCAAGACCAUCGUGGUCCUGGCAGCAUUCCGGUCUUCCCAGCCCGGCACUGGGGCUCUGAUGAGGAGGUUCGGCCCAAGUCAGCAGAGAGGGAGUGUCUGCAUCGUUACCUGUGUACAGGUGGUGAUCUGUGCAGUGUGGUUGUUCCUGAGUCCUCCCCUGCCUGAACGUGACCUGGGCCUCCAGGGCUCCAAGGUGGUGUUGAAGUGUGCUGCUGUGGGCUCCAUGGAGGGCUUCUCCCUGGUCCUGGGGUACAUCGGCCUGCUGGCCUCCCUCUGCCUCCUCCUGGCCUUCCUGGCCAGGAAACUCCCAGAUAACUUCAACGAGGCCAAGCUCAUCACCUUCAGCAUGCUGAUCUUCUGCGCCGUGUGGGUCGCAUUCAUACCAGCUUACGUCAGCUCUCCGGGGAAGUUCACGGUUGCCGUGGAGAUCUUUGCCAUCCUGGCCUCCAGUUACGGACUUCUGGUCUGCAUCUUCGCCCCAAAGUGUUACAUCAUCCUGCUGAGGCCUGAGAGGAACACCAAGAAACAGAUGAUGGCCAAAUAUCAAACAUGA